GUUCAACCAAAGUCAAGCCGCGAUACCUCCUUUCGCUCUUCCACCACGCAUACUCUCGCUGUCGUGAAUUCAGAACAGCGAUCUUUCCCUCACUUGACGAACAGUCCUCCUCUGGCGGAAGUCGCAACGAGUGUCCAACGAAGCGGAUUUGAUUGAGAUGCAGUCGCAGUCCAGGGAACGCGUUUCCGCGAGUGAGUUUCCGUUGACACCGUCGAUCUGCCACGGUGGACACGAUGGCUGUGUUACAGACUUCCUAGAAGCAAUCCGUGCGGAGGGCGAGUCUAUAAAUGGCUCCAAUCCACCGUACAUCCUUUGUUCCCCGAGCGUCACAAAGGUGGACAUCACUGGCGGUCAGCUUACGAGCGGCAGUACGGUGAGCUUCGCGGUGGAGCCUGCGUGCGUCUUCAAGGCGGCGAUGGACAAUGAUAUCGAUGAAGGAAUGGUAAUCAAGAAGUGCCCCUCGCUUGCGGGCCUUGCAGACAACCGGAGCACAUGCGAAAGCGGCUCUACCAUGUCACUCACUGAGGACUACGCGAAUCAUGCAGGCUCGCGGCGGAUCAACGCAUCUGACUUCGAAGUAAUUCGACAGGUUGAACGCAGACAGACAGCUUCUUGGAAAGGCGAGCUAGUCAUCGGACGCAAAAACGACACCGCGAGACUCUACGCUAUCAAAGUUUUCCGAAAAACUUCCCUCGGUGCGGAUCAGGGAGGGUACACCUACGCGCGCACAGAGCAAGCCGCCUUGCGCUCUGUAACUGAACGUGCAAUCCCAUUCGCGAUGCACCUGUGCUGGAGCUUCCAGGAUGAGAAGGCGUUAUAUCUUAUCAUGAACUACGUGGCUUCGGAUCUGCGAACGUUUGUGGAGUGUCAUGGAGUUCUGGCUCUAUCAGAUGCGGCCAUAUAUGCUUCGCAAUUGGUGCACGGCUUGAUGGCUCUGCAUGCGAUCGGCAUCGUCCAUUGCAACAUCAACCCCAGCAGCCUUUUCAUCGAGAAUGGCUAUCUCGUUAUUUCCGACUUCGGACACGCCCAGAUUGGCAUGGGCGACCUAGCACAACACGUUCGAAGAGCGAACCACGGCCCAUGCAAGGGAGAGGUCGAGCAGUAUCAAGCACCGGAGCUUCUGCUUGAAUGGUCUCCGCAUGCAGUUUCAGAUUGGUGGGGCUUCGGAUUGGUCUUUUAUUACAUGCUGACGGCCAAGCAUCCGUUCUUGGACCUGCAUGAGAUGGUAGCAUCACAUCCUGCCAUCGUCAUCAACAAGAUUCUGCAUGGCAAACUACCGAAGUGGCUGGUUGAGGGGGAUGACGGUGCCCUCGAGGACUUGCUUCGUAAGUGCCUCGAGCGCAACCCAGCACACCGCCUAUCCGGGGAGGGCGUGAAGGCACACCCGUUCUUCUCAGAUAUGAAUUGGGAGCUUUCUCCGACGAAUACCCCUCUAGGUCUUUGUUUUUCGGUCAUUCUCCGGUGUGGACUGACCCACUUAAGCAGGUUCGGCAUGUCCUCUUGGGGCGAUUGGCUACGAGAACCCUGCGUACUCUGCAAACACCAGGUUCACGUCGGACGAUGCUGAUGAAGUUGGCGGAACAAUUACUUUGCUCGCGUCU